CUAAAAUAAAUACUUUUUUAUUGCUCAAUAUGAAGAGAAAAAUCUGGCUUGUUAGUGCUGGAGGUGAAAGGAUCUCAAUCUCAGAGAAUGCAACAAAGAAAAGCAUAACUAUAAGUGAUUAUAUCAAUGAAAUUUUAAGGGAUGUGGAUGUUCCCCUACCAGAGCUUUCCCGUGAAGUUCUCUUGAAAGCUGUUGAAUUUUUUGAGUAUCAUACCGAAAUAGAUGAAUCAGACCCUUUGUAUGCUGAACAUACUACUAAUUUAUAUGAGGUUAAUCAUUUCCAUCUCGAAUUCUUCAAUAUCAGAGUUAAGAAACUGACCAAACUAAUCUAAGCUGCAAAAUUCCUUAAAGCACAAGAACUAUACUCCUACUCCACAAACGCUCUAAUCUUA